AUGGAUGGAGACUCGGAAUCGUCUGCCUCCCCCUCCCCCAUCGAACCCCACUCCCGUCGCUCCAGCAGCGAAAUCCCUCGCAAGCGCCGCUCAAAAGAUGGACCCAGCAUACUUGGCGGGUCCAUGCGCGACGUCGCCCGCGUCCUAGUGUCGCGCGAGCGCGAGACCAUGGACCUCAAGCGCACGCUCUACACCAUCACCGAGCAGCUCAAGGCCGAGCGACAGCGCGCGGACGCCGCGGAGCACAAGACGCGCGAGGUGCUCGCGCUCUUCAAGAACGCCAACGAGGCGAAGAUGGCGGCGGAGCAGGAGGCCGCGCGCGCGAACGAGGCGCUGCGGUUGUACAAGCUGCAGUACGAGAACGCGCAACAGGAGAUCCGGCGGGCGCAGAAGCUCAUAGACGCGCUGGACACGCAGAGAGUGGAUGCGGAGGAGACGGCGGCAAAGGCGCGGAGCCUGGCAAGGAAGAUGAAGGAGGAGGCGAUCGUGGUGUCCGCGAGGGAGGCGGGACGCCGGCAGGGUCUGGAGGAGG